AUGGAAGAUCAAUCAGAUAAUAAGAAGAAUAUCACAGAGCCACUCUUGAACAGCAACCCAAAGGGUGGCUUCAGAACCUUGCCUUUCAUCAUAGCAAAUGAGGCAUUUGAGAGGCUAGCAAGUUUUGGGCUAUCGACAAAUAUGAUAUUGUAUUUGACGAGAGAAUAUGGCAUGGAUGCUGCUCAAGGUGCUCAAGUACUGUUUCUUUUGUCGUCCGCGACAAAUUUCACGCCAGUUCUUGGCGCUUUCCUUGCUGAUUCUUAUGUGGGUCGGUAUCGGAUGAUCGGUUUUGGAUGUAUUGUUAGUCUUCUGGGAAUGGCCAUGUUGUGGUUAACAACAUUUCCUGAACCAAGACAGCCUCCAUGUGUCCAAUUCGGUGACAGUUGCAAUUCCAGAACUAAAUUACAGCUUUUGCUUUUAUAUACAGCUUUUGGCUUCAUGGCCAUUGGAGCUGGUGGCAUAAGAUCGUCUUCCUUGGCCUUUGGUGCUGAUCAGUUGAGCUUCAGAGACAAUCUUCAACAUUGUAGAAUAAGAGAGAGCUUCUUCAGCUGGUAUUAUGUUACAGUCUCGGCUUCGGUAUUUGUUGCAAUGACUUGCAUUGUAUACAUUCAAGAUAACAUGGGGUGGAUGGUGGGUUUUGGAGUUCCUGUAGUGCUCAUGAUCUUCUCAGCUCUUUCAUUCUUCUUGGCUUCUCCUUUUUAUGUCAAGUUGAAGCCUAAGGCAAGUUGGAUCACUGGAUUGGCUCAAGUUGUUGUGGCUUCCUUUAGAAAUAGAAGUAUCAAAUUAUCAACCCCAGCCACAGUUGAGGUGCGCUAUCAUACGAAGGGAUCGAUGCUUCUCGUGCCAAGUGAAAAAUUGAGGUUUUUCAACAAAGCUUGCAUUAUUACAAAUAUUCAAGAAGACUUGACAGCGGAUGAAAAAGCUUUGAAUCCAUGGAAUCUUUGUACAGUAGAUCAAGUAGAAGAUCUAAAAGCAUUGAUCAAGGUAAUCCCAAUAUGGUCAGCAGGAAUGUUGAUGUCUGUGAAUGUAAGCCAAGGCUCUUUUAUAGUUCUCCAGGCAUCCACCAUGGACAGGCACAUUACUUCAAACUUUGAAAUUCCCGCGGCCACCUUCACCUCAAUUAUGGUUCUCGUUUUAGUCAUAUGGAUUGCUCUCUAUGAUAGCGUUGCUAUCCCCCUAGUAUCAAAAAUCAAGGCAAAACCAGUUCAUCUCAGCUUGAAAAGAAGAAUGGGAAUCGGAAUUCUAUUAUCCACUACCUCUAUGGCAGCAUUGGCAAUUGCUGAGAGUGUUCGCAGGGAAACUGCAAUCAAGGAAGGAUUUUCAGACAAUCCUGAUGCCGGAUUGCACAUUUCUGCAAUGUGGUUAUUGCCAUUUCUUAUCCUAAGUGGUCUAUCUGAGGCUUUCAACGCUAUUGGACAGAACGAAUUCUUUUACACUGAGUUGCCUAAAAGCAUGUCUAGUUUAGCCUCCACUCUUAAUGGAAUAGGAAUAUGUGCCGCAAACUUGGUAUCCAGUUUUAUCGUUAGUACCGUUCGGGAUCUUACGCAAGCAGAAGAUCAGGAGAGUUGGGUUUCAAGCAACAUCAAUAGGGGGCAUUAUGAUUAUUAUUAUUGGCUUCUUGCAAGUUUGAGCUUGGUUAACUUCAUAUAUUAUCUUGUUUGUAGCAAUUCUUACGGUCCUUGCAAGGAAGAAGAAGGUAGCAUUGUUGCAGAUGAAGGGUUUGGCCGAUGA